AUGCCAGAGGUAAUCGAUCUCAAGAUUCUGCAAAGCGAAGGCAGGAACCCGAAGAGCCUGAACAUUGAUGUUGUAUCAACGGCCGAGCUGUGUCGGAUCAUCAACGAUGAAGAUCAGACUGUGGCAGGUGCGGUGCAAAAGUGCCUGCCCAGCAUUGCGCGAGCAGUCGAUGCCCUCACCGCUGUCGUUCAGUCAGGUGGAAGGGUGAUCUACGUUGGUGCUGGCACCAGCGGGCGUCUCGGCGUGCUUGAUGCUUCAGAACUCCCACCAACAUACUCAGCAGAUCCAUCACAGUUUGUUGCUUUGAUCGCAGGCGGCGACCGAGCGCUUCGACAUGCUCAGGAAGGCGCCGAGGACGACGUCGACCAAGCAAUCCGCGACCUUCAGGCAAUCAACCUGCAGCGAUGCGACGCUCUGAUCGGCAUCGCUGCAUCUGGAAGGACGCCCUACGUGCUCAGCUGCCUCAAGCACGCGAAAGCGAAGGGCUGCAUCACGAUCGGUGUUGCUUGCUCGUCACCUUCAGCUAUGAGCAAUGGCGGCGAUGUUGACUUUAUGAUCGAAGUUGUCACUGGAGCAGAAGUUGUCACGGGUAGCACGCGGAUGAAAGCAGGCACAGCCACGAAGAUAAUUCUCAACAUGCUGAGCACGGGAGUGCAAAUUCGCAUGGGGAAGACGUAUGGCAACAUGAUGGUCGAUGUUAAGAGUACGAACCUGAAGCUUCAGCAGCGAGCCCGAAACAUAAUUCGUGAAGUUUGCGGACCGACGUGCUCAGCAUCAGACACAACUCUUGACGGCAUUCUUGCGGAGAGUCGCGGGAGUGUCAAGCUAGCCAUUGUCAUGGUUCACUUGCACCUUACCGCUGGGGUAGCGCAGCAGAGACUCGAAGAUGCCAACGGUAUUCUGGCAGAUGUUUUGCGCCGGUCGCAGCCUCCGAGAGACACUACUGGAGUGGUAAAGCCAUCGCCACGGUCUGUGCUAUGUAUCGAUGGCGGAGGUAGCAAGUGCGCCGCAUAUAUCUUGACAGACAACGGAGAGUCAGGAACGGCUGUUGGGCCUCCUUGUAACGUCACGACUUCGAGUCUGCAAGAGGCACUUGCUACGAUCCGGGAAGUCACUGAAGAAGCAAUUGGAACAUGUCCUUCGCUACAAGCCCAAACACUGGAUGAUGUUAGCUUUGACGGCAUCUGGGUUGGUCUGGCAGGUUUCGACCGGCCUCGGGUCGCUACAGCUCUCCGACCGAUGGUAGAGGCUCUCUUUCAGGCGACUUGCCCGGCCCGAGUCAAGGUCACGAACGACCUCGAAUUGCUCGCAACGGCUGCGGGAGGCGCUUCAGGCAAAGACGUCUGCGUGCUCAUUGCUGGAACUGGGUCCAUUGCAAUGGCAUUCCGCAGUACGUCAACAGGGUACGUGAAGGUGGGAAGGGCUGGCGGGUGGGGUCCGCUCUUGGGGGACGACGGGUCUGGAUUCGACAUUGGACGAAGAGCUCUUCGGUACGUGUUAGACUCGUGCGAGGCGAACGCUGUGAGCACAGAAAGCGAAGACAGUCUUGUACCCGCAGUUUUCGAUCAUCUCGGGAUUGUGAAGGGACCAGAGGCCGUGCAAGGGAUACUGAAUUGCUUGCUCCCGUCGUCGGAUGGUCGUAAGCUGGACGCUAGGCAGCGAGUUGCGGACGUUGCGAGAAUCGUCGUCGAACAACAGUCGUCGAGCGAAAUUGCUGCGAAUAUCAUUGCAGGAUCGAUCGCCUGCAUGACUCAAUUACUGAAGAGGUUGGCAGAAGCGACCGCAAUCGAUGCCCCCACUUCGAAGCUAGUCAUAACUGGCGGACUGUUGAACGCACCUACCUUUCAGAACCAGCUCGAGCAAGCUGUACUCGCAAGUCGACUGGACUUUUCAAGCUCAGAGACUGUCUUGAAGCCAGGUCUUGUCGGUGCCCAGCACCUACUGCAAGAAGCUAGGAACGGUCCGUGUUCGACAUAA